AUGGAAGUCGAUGCUGAGACCCUCUUCAAUGCACUCGGAGAGCGUUAUGAAGACGCCUAUGCCGAUAGUCCCGGGCUGCUCCAAGUCACCGAAUAUGUGGUGAGCAAGCUUCCACGCAGCAGCCAUGUCCUCGACGUCGGUUGUGGAACGGGCAAACCGGUCGCUGCAGCGAUCGCAUCGGCCGGUCACACCGUCUACGGCAUUGACGUUGCUGAGAACAUGGUGAGAAUUGCAGCCAGCCAAGUUCCAGGGAUAUUCUCGAAGGCCGAUAUGCGAAUCUACACUCCUCCGGUCAAAAUGGACGCUGUGUUUGCGAUCUACUCUCUCUAUCAGAUUCGACCAAGCGAUGUUCAUAAAAUGAUAUAUCGGUUCGCUGAGUGGUUGAAGGGGGAUGGGAUCCUGGUACUUGGUGUGUCGCCUUCCUCGGCCCUUGUGGGAGGAAAAGGCGUACAUGACCCCGUCUGGGAUUGUACGAGGUCUAAAGUAACGUGGAUGGAGAGGCCGGUGUUCGAGCUGUACUUUUCCCAAACGGCUUGGUUGAAUCUAUUGCGCGAAGCUGGUUUUGCCAUUGAGUUGGAGAAAAUGUUCGACUACAUAUCCAAGGAUCCCAAGCAUACGCGGUCUGAGACUCAUUAUUUGAUCGUCGGGAGGAAAUCGUCGUCACAUCCGUUGCUGGGACCGUAUCCUUUGCCUGAAGGCCCUCCGGGAAAGUCAAUGCGCAAUGAGUCGGCUUGGAGACRUCUACAGGGCCACCUAUUCUUAAAGGAUGAUGAGAGGAUGAAGCUGUCCUCGAUGCUGGAGGGCCAUGGAAGGGUACUGGAUAUUGGUGGGGGGCUGAAAGACUUCCUUGGCAAGGCCUCAGCAAGAACCAAGUCUGUGGACAAUUUCAACAACCUCCCGUACCCAGAUGCCCAGUUUGAUGUCGUCAUUGCAACUAUGAUUCUUGACUAUGUUGAUGAUCUCCGCGGUUUCUUGCUAGAAGCCGUCCGCGUGGUUGACAAGUCAUCAUCGAAUGCGCGGGUCAUUCUGAUCCAGGGUGCACCAUAUAAUGAAGUCCAGAAAUUGAUGAACGCCGUGUGUACUCCAUUGAGCGGCAAGAACACGGGACCCGCCCAUCAGGGCUUGCUUCUUCACUCUGCCAUGAAGAUACUGAUUGAGGUCGGAUUCGGAGGGACUUCCCUCCAUCCUCUCGGUACUUCUUAUUCCUUUGACGAGAAUAGUUCAUCUGAUCGGAGCAUGGAACUCGCUGAGAUGUUGCACAAUAUCUGGUUUCCUGGCGAGAAAGAUCAUGAGCAGAUGAAGCGGGAGCUGAACUUCCCGUUAGAGAAUCUUCUGCAUGACCAUCCCGGUUUCCUCCAGAAUGAAUUAGUGAUUCUGGAAGCCGUGUUAGAUGGUCAUUAA